AUGAGUAAUAUUUACAUUGAAGAACCAACUACUCGUGGAAAAGUUCUUUUAGAUACAACAGUUGGUAAUAUUGAAAUUGAACUUUUUUCAAAUGAAUGUCCAUUAGCAUGUCGAAAUUUUCUUCAAUUAUGUAUGGAUGGUUAUUACGAUGGAACGAUUUUUUAUCGAGUUGUACCAAAUUUUAUUGCACAAGGUGGUUAUUCAACUGGAACAGGUGAAGGAACUGAACCAACAAGCGGUAAAUUUUUUCAAGAUGAAUUUGAUAUAAGAUUAUGUUAUAAUCGUCGUGGUCUUGUUGGAAUGGUUAAUCAAGGACCAAAUACAAAUGCUAGUCAAUUCUUUUUUACAUUGGAUAGUACUCCAGAAUUUGAUAAAAAGAAUACAUUAUUUGGAAAAGUUAUUGGUAAUACUUUAUUUAAUAUGUUAAAAUUAGGUGAAGGAGAAAUUAUUGAUGAUAUACCAGUACAUAAACAUAAAAUAAUUAAAACAGAGAUUAUUUCAAAUCCAUUUGAUAAUAUGGUACCACGACCUCGAGCUAAAUCACAAAUUAUUGAUGAUAAUGAUGAAGAAAAUAAAAAAUCAAAACCAACUGUGUCUGAUAAAGCGAUAAAAAAUUAUGAUCGUCUUUCACUUGGAAAUGAAGCUGCAGAAGAAACAAGAAAAAUUUCAAUGAAGUUUCAAGUACAACAAAGAUCAAAUGCAAAACAAUUAGGAAAACAAGAAAAAAGAAAAUCAAUUGUACUUGAUGCAGAUGAUGAUGAUGAUGAUCAACAAGAUAUUUCAUCAACAAAAUUAAAUGAAAAUGUUAAAACUGAACAAUUAAAAAAGGUAUUAAAACCAUCGAAAAAAUCAUCAAUACGUGUUAAAGUAUCAGAAGAUACUCUUCAAGAAAUAAAAGAAUCUUCAUCUCAUCUUAUUCAACCAAUGACUACAGAUACUUCUACAGUAAUGAAUGAAUUAGUGGCUGAUACAGAAGGAAAUAAUAACAUUCGAAUAUCAUCACUUAUACAACCAAUGACACCAAAAUAUAAUUUAAAAUCUCAGAAAAUGACUGAUGAGCACAUUGAUGACUUGAAGGAGCAAUUGAAUUACGUCAAAAUUGAUGAAAAUACAAUGAUCAAUAUAACAGAUGAUAUUUUUUUUUCAUAUAUUAUUACAGGUGUUGCAUAUCUGAUUGUUGCAAGUAAUCCAUGUUGUUCUAAUCCAGAUGUUAACAACUUUAUUCUAAUUGUUUCGAAUGGAUUUCCACCUGUUAAUACAUCUUGUGAAGCAUUUAUUAAUUUUUUCAAAUUAUUACAAUCAAUUUUAUCAAGUCGAUUUGUUAUUGAAUUGUAUCGUGAAUUAAUUAAUUAUGAAGAAAAUGUUUCACAAGAAACAAUUGAACAAUCAUUAAAAGACAAUAUUUCAAAUUUACAAAAACAUAUGUAUCUUGCUAAUCUUCCAGAUAAUUAUUAUGCAUUAACUCUAUAUGAUGGAAAAUUACUUUUAAAUAGUUCUGCACGUGGUUCAGAUGACGACAGUAUAAUUUUAAGUUGGGCAGCACUUUUGAUUGUUAUUCUUGAUGAAAUUGCACAUAGUCUUCAAAGAACAAUUAUUCCAAAAGCCCGCAAUUUAAUUUUAGCUCAAACAUCACCAAAAAAUGUUCUUGAUGGUCAAAGAGAAGCUGGCUUUUGUUUUGAAACAUUAGUUUUUGGACAUAAAGUUGAGUCAAUUGGUUUACUUGAUGGUAAAUAUUUAUUAAAUUCGACCAAUUGGAAUGUUGGUAAUGCUGAAAGUUUUCAAAACAAACUCAAAGAAGCAACAACAAAAGAUGAAGAAAAAACGCGCAAGAUUUCGGCUCAAGUUACCAUAUAUGUACAUAUUUCUGUUAUUGUUAUUGCAUAUUCGAAAUUUAAAACACGUUUAUUAACAGUAAGUGCCAUAAUUGGUCGUUCAACAGGUCGUGAUAAAUUAUUAUCAUUAAAAAUUCAUUGUGAAUUUGUUGAACCAUUAAUGUCAUUUUCAAAAACUGAUCUUUAUUUUGGUGUUGAAUAUAAUGAACAAACAAUGAUUGAUGGUUUACGUACGCCAAUAUCAACUGAAUUAAAAUUUUCAAAUAUAUCAGCUAUUGAUUUAAUAUCAACUCUUCAUGUUAAACAUCCAUUUUUAUUAAAAAAUAAAUGUGGAAACCUGGGACUUAAGUCCGAGAGUUAUAUCGGAAACAAUGAACGAACAUCUAAUGUAUUAAAAACUAUUCUGGAUAAAUUUGGUCUUGAUCCAUCAACCUAUGAUAAUUAUUGUAUUGAACAACAAUUACCUAGUCGAAGACUUGUUCUAAUGGAUAAUUGCACUGUAUUUUAUGCUCUUGUUCGUCAAUCAGAUGAUGAACAGGUUGAAUUAACUGUACGAAGAAAAGGUCAACAAGAACGGGAACAAAUAAAAAAUCGUUCUUAUUUCAAUACAAGUUAUAAUCGGACACCAAGUGGAUUAAGCAUAUCUUCGACCCAUAGUCGUUGA